AUGGAACCCUCAAUCUUCUCCUCACCGGGCCUAGUUAUCUCUCUCUACUCACGCUAUGCCAAAACACACCCGUUGCUUCUGCAGCAGGAAGCAGCAGCAGCGGCAACACGUGCGACCGAGCAGGCCGGAGGCGCUCGCGGUAGAUCGCGGAUGCCACCAGAGGUUCUACAAGCUUGGGGAUCACCAACAAAAAUCAGCGGCUCUACUUGUGAUGUCCUCGCGCCUCAGAGCCUCGUGGAGCAAGUGACUUGCCCCAUAUGCUUGGAGGUACGUCAACGUCCUCUUCUGACGCCUUGUGGUCACGUAGGAUGCGGCGUAUGCAUGAUUCUCACAGUCCGCAGUCGAGGACGCUGCCCCCUCUGCAACUGCAGCAUUAGCAACCCUCGAGUGCUUCAGCCUUUUCUUUCCAAGUGCAUUCUGCAGCAGCUACAACAGCUGCAAGAGCGGCAGCCCGAGGAGGAGCAUGCGGCUCAACAAGAGCAGCCACGUGAGGCUGUGCAGCGGCAGCAGACGUUUGAGGGCACUGAGGUGCUGCAGCUCUUGCAACAGCUGCAGCGGCAGCAACAAGAGGAGGAGGAAGAGCAGGUGCUGCUGCAGCAGGAAGAUAGCGACUUGCUGAUCGCCGAUGUGGGGAGUCAACUGCCACUCGACCAGGCGGAGAGCCCUCGGCUGCAGCUGCAGCAGCACGAGGGAAGCGAGCAGGAGAGCCUGGACGAAGAAUUGCAGCGCAUACAUCCUUUCUGCUUCUCAGAGGCGCAGACGAUGAGGGGGGCGAAGGUUCUGCAGCGGCUAAUCGAACUGGAGGAACGGCGUGAGGAGCAUCGCAACGCCACCAGUGAUCGGCAGGAGGCGAGCCAGCAGGAGCUGCUCGGCAGUUAUUUGGAUCGCUUUUCCCAAACUUAUUAUACAGUGAACCUCAAACAGAGAGGGCAGCGAGGGGCCGCUGAGACUUACCCUGCACAGAAAGACUUUUCCGGAGGCGCAGUUGGAGACGGCCAAGAGGGGGGUUUGCAGGGGGGGCAGUGGCUUGGAUCUUUGUUGAACUGGCAACCGUUUGGUGUGGAAUUGAUGCAAAGAGCUUCCUUUUACAACCGACUUUUGGUCCGCUGCAGCGCAUGCAGGAAAGUCAUACCCAUCGCCAGGCUUCAUCACCACCAGCAGCAUCAGUGCAGCUUUAUUCCAUGUCGUUUCGCGCCGUUUGGAUGCGGGAUUUUGUUUGAGCGAAAGGAUGGGCCUCUGUUCUCGCGUUGGCUCGGGUUGCAUAGGCAGUCAGUAGCUGCAAACAAGGCGCUCAUGUUGCUGCAGUCGAAGCGGAGGAGGAAGCAAGCAGCACGCGCCGCUGCCGCUGAGGAGCAAGAAGCUCGUGCUCACUUGGAAAGUCUGCAGCAGGAUCUGACGCGAGUGCAGCAGCAGCUCAACGCUGCACGAAGGGGCCACAUGGAAGCUGUGCAGCGGCAUGAGGCUUCUUGCAAGCGACGCCUCGUCAAGUGCGCAUGCUGCCUCAAGUACAUCACGCUAGAGCAUGCAGAAACAUUUAGGGAUUGGCCUACUGCGGAGCAGCAGCAGCAGGAGGGCCUUCAACUACAACGAACAUCACGACACAAGAGGCAGCAGCAGCAACAUCAACAGGCACCACGACACAAGAGGCAGCAGCAGCAACAUCAACAAGCACCACGCAUCACGACACAAGAGGCAGCAACAGCAACAUCAACAAGCAUCACGACACAAGAAGCAGCAACAGCAACAACAACAACCCCAAUUUUUAAUGCCCAAGGCACCCCAGCCGAGGAAGCACAGGCAGCUCCCGCAAUAAGGCGUGCAACCCAGCGUGUGCGUUACUUUCCGCUGCUGGAGCCUUCAGCAGCGUCUUGCCUCUUUGGGUUCUCCCCUGCUGAGACGGGUGGGGAUCUUUCUACCGAAACAGAGGCUGGAGUCUUUGCGCCUUUCUCCCCAGCACUCCGGCACAUUGGUGCGUUGAUUCCACCGUCAAAAUUUGCGUGGUUUAGAUACUCCCAUGCGUCUAGUGGCCGCCUGCCUGCAGCGAAUGCUGCGAAGCCUCCACCAGUGUGGGCUCAGCAGUACAUAGCCUUGCACGUGUUCUUGCUGUCUAGACGCUUGAGCACUCGAAGCGCCAGGCGUACGACUUAUGAAUCUGCCAUUUGCGAACGCAGCGCAUGUGGAACAAGCACUUGCUUACCGCAUCGAGACGGAAGGCUUCGAGAUGCACGCCUUCGAAUGCAACGGUCCGUCCUCAGAGACACACAACAUGACUCACGCCAGCACAUCUUAAAAGAGGGAAAAACUUGCAAACUACCGCAGGACGGGAUGGAUGCACACGCACCUGCACACCUAAAAACCUACGCCGCUACGUGCCAAUUUGUUCAAAGAAGUGUGCAGUGCUAGAACCGCAGCGACUCCGCACAGAGUUGCAUGAGGCUCUGCUCCUCCUAG